AGUUUCUUGUUGUCUUGUAUACAGACAGACGGGUGAAGGCAAUUUUCCAAAAUAGUUAUUUAAGCUGGUUUACGGUUUGAAAAUAAUCAAAAACCUACUGCUUUGAAAUGUCUGGUGCUAUAAAAAAGGCAACCGGGUUAACCGGACUUGCUGUGGCUCAGAACCCACAUCACACCCUAACUGCUUUGUACAACAAAAUCCUUCGUGCCGUUGCCAAAAUGCCAGAAGAUGCAGCCUAUCGACGCUAUACGGAACAACUUGUAUCGGAGAGAGCAAAGAUUGUUUCUACGAUUCCCAACGUCCGUGAAGUGGAGCAAAAAAUAAAUGGUGGACAAGUAGAAGAACUCAUCAUUCAGGCAGAGAAUGAACUCCACUUGGCACGCAAGAUGCUCGGCUGGAAACCAUGGGACCCUCUAGUUAAGCAAGCACCAGCGACGCAAUGGGCCUGGCCGCCAGCAAAGAUACACGAACUUAAGUAAGCCAUUUGUUUAUUACAUGUCGAAAAAUUAAACGCAAACAAGAUCAAACAUGUAAAUAGAGUAUGUAGUCACGCACGAAUGCAGACGUUUUGUGUCUAUUAAAUUCCGCUUGAGAAAUUUCCACGCUAUAUAAAGACAAUUUUCAGUUUUAAUCUGUAGUCGCGGUCUGUGAAGUGGAAAAGCAAAAACAUUCUGUUAA